UAUACACCUACAAUUUCUUAAUUUUUUUAACAUUCGCCACGCUUUAUCAAAGUCGUACAUCUAAACCCAAGCACAUUGAAUAGCAGCGUGCCGAAUGUAAAAAUAUUAGGUAAUUGUAUUUAUUUCGUCACUUUGUGGACUGCCGUUUACACUGAUUUUUAACCCAGACUAAUCCAUUUAGAAUAGGUGUUAAUAUAAAAGCCACUAUGGGAAAUCUUACUGAACUAGUUAACGACAAUGUCCAGGUUCUUUUGGGUCUUUCUGCUGGCAGUUCUUCUGACGCCGAUCGCUAGUCCUCAGAGAAGGCAAAGAAGCAGUCUUACUGCAAGAUGUGGAUCAGGAUGGUGUCGGCCUCUGACUGUCCACUGCCACGUUAUAAACUAUAAAUGUGCGGACCCGUUAACAAAGUGUUGCCAAUGGAGCCAAAAAGAGUUGAAAAGUAAAUAUCCGCAUGCUCUCGAAUGAAGGAUCCUCCAGGGUAAUUCGGGUUGAGGAUGGCUAAUAACUAGGACUAAAACUUUUCAAAAUAGGUUUGAUUAAUGUUUAAAUCUAAAUAAACUAUAUUUAAUGUUCCUGGAUGCCAUCCAAUCCAUUUGUUUUUGUGGCGGACUCACGGGGCCUUAUAUGUUUAAAAAGCCAUUACUUAAGCCUUCUGACAUUAACAAUAUUCUUGAUGAACUUUAACAUCUACGGUCAAUGUGUUUUGCUAUGCUAUUGAAAUUGGGCCGGAAAGGUUUUAAGUAACGCGCAAAAUGGAUUAGACUGGGCCUUAAUGCCACAUUCAUUUCCUGUUUUGAAAUCCACAGCUACCCAGACUAAUUAAUUAAGCUAAGCUCUGUAUAUAUAGCCCAUCGGAAAGUUUGAAUCUUGUAGUUUUUAGCUAUGGUUCGAUUCUUAAGGGUCUUUUUCCUGGCAGCACUUCUGGCUGCGAUGUUCAACACUGCAUAUGGGUAUCGGCGAAAAAGAAAUGUAGGCGAACGAUGCGGAGCAGGAUGGUGUGUAUUAAGGACUCAUUCAUGUCGACCGAUUAACUCGUUGUGUUCCACUUAUCGUGAAAAAUGUUGCAGAUUUCCUGGAUGGCGUUGAUCUGAAAGAUAAUGAUGUGUGUGGAAAAGGACGGCGUGUAACUAGAUCAACACUUGCCACAAUGUAUUUGAUUGUUCUUAAAAUUUAAAUGAAAGUGAUUAAACAUUUCCUAGACCAUGGGACUGAAAAAAUAUAUGCACUUCAAUAAAAAUUUGAUUCAUAAACACAAAAUUGAGACCGCCACAGCCUUUUAAUAUUUGUAAGCGUUAGAUUUCAAAGAUCUCUACGUUCAUACAGUCAGACAGUUGUGAUCCUGAACAAAAAUAUAUAUACAUUACAAACGUUCCCUUACAUACAUUUCAACGAACACAACGGGUAUAUACAUUUUACUUUAUUGUUCAAUGUUUAAGAGCAUCACUGCAAGGUUUGGGACGACCAAUAAAAAUGUGGCCAUGGAAAAACAUAUAUUAACUUUGAAGCCAAGCUUUAAGCCAAUUUGAGCAAAAGAAAAUGCAAUUGUCCCGGCACUGAGUGUAAAAGAACCUCAAACAAGUCAGUCAGUUAAAGCUCUUGGGCAAAUUAAACGAAGAUGAUCCAAAAUGAAGAUCCUAGCUAUAGAAAUGUUUAUAAAAAGUAUAAAAAGAUAGAAUGGGAAAGAUACAUAUAUAGUAUUUUGGGUCAAAAAGGCCUAGGAUUGAUACAGAUGGUUUUAGGUGAUCUGAUAAAUGGAUUAGCCCGGGUUUUCAUUUCAACCGCUUUUAAGAACUACAGCUAAAGCAUUUCAGUCCCAGACUAAUCAAUUAAGCUUAGCUCUUAAUAUAUAAACGACAGGAAAAGUCGAAUUGAAGUAGUUACAAUCAUGAUCAGCUUCUCUUGGGUCCUUCUGCUGGCAGCUCUCCUGGCUGCUAUCUUUUAUCCUUCGUUUGGGGAUCGACAAAGGAGGACAAUUGGUGCACGAUGCGGACAAGGAUGGUGUGUUACUAGGACUAACCCUUGUAAUAAUACAUUUGAUUAUUGUUCAAACCGUAAUGAAAAAUGUUGCCUAUUCCCGGGAUGGACCACCUUCCAGGGUAGUUAGGGUUAAGGAUGGCUUAUAACUAGGACUAAAACAUGUCAAAAUAUGUUUGAUUAAUGCUUAAACCGAAAUAUAUAAUAUGUCAUGUUCCUGGAUGCCAAUCCAAUCCAUUUGUUUUUGAGGCGGACUCACGGGGGCUUACAUGUUCAAAAGGCCAUUACUUAAGCCUUCUGAAUUACAGUUCUCUGGAUCCUUAAUAUUAUUCUCGAUUAGUUACAACAUCAGAAAGGUUUUAAGUAGUGCGCAAAAUGGACUAGAGUGGGUCUUAGUGCCACAUUAAAUUUUCUCUUGUAAAAUUCACAGCUACCCAGAUUAAUCGAUUUAGCUUAGUUCUUAAUAUAUAUCCCAUUGGAGAGUCUGCAUCUUUUAGUUACAACUAUGGUCCACUUCUUAUGGGUUUUAAUAGAAAAGAAGGCCAUAUGGUAAUUAACCAUCGAAGGGUGUAUUGUAAUUCAUCAGUUUGUAAAAUUUCGGACCAAUCGAAAAUGGUAGUAUUUUUAGAAUUUCGGGAUGAUAUUUUUAAUACUCUUAUAAUACCUACAGACUGAAUCUAUCUUGUUCUGAAAGGAAAACUUCAUUACUCGUAAUCAUUUCCAGUCUUUUCUGCGAUAACAACCUGCCUCAAGUUGUCAGCUUUAAUUUUAUAAUUACACGGUCAAAAUGAAUUGUUCAUGCUACCAAGUAUUUAACUCUUAAGAAGAAGCACUUAAACAACUAGAAGUAUUGAACGAAGAUGGUCAGCAGCUUGAGAGUAAUUUUGGUGGCAGCCUUAUUGUGUGUGAUUUUUAGUACCAGCGAUGGGAAGCGAUGCGGAGGAGAAGGAUAUUGUGUCCCACAAUACUGGGUAUGUCAGGUGAUAGAUGGUUUCUGCAGCCUAAUUGAAAAAUGCUGCAGAAAACCCAGAUCAGGGUGGAAAAACUUAGGAGACAGUGGGUGGAGACAGUUAGGAUGAGGAGAGGUUUCGCCCCAAGCCGAAUAGUUCCCCCACCAAAACUAAGUUACAUUACAAGCGUAUAAAAAAUGUCAUCGACAUGUAAUAUUGUUUACUUUUCAUAUAACGAAAUAUAUCAGGAGGGGAAAGUCAAUAUUUUCAAUAACACGAUUAAAUUAUUUGUUCCAUUUAUAAAUCGAUUAAUUUUAAAACAUCUACCUAGUUCGUACGAAGUGGGAUUUCUUAUUAUCAUUCUAUAAAAAAAAAAAAAUAGGUUAGCCACAUCACCAUUAAGGUAAAUGUUUUAAAAAUAAUCGAUUUAUAGAAAAUAAAUUUUGUGAAAUCAGUAAUUCCAUGGUAGUCCGAGGCAAUUGAAAUUAUUAUGCCCCAACUUAUUUAAGCUUCUUAAGAUAACAAAAUGCACUCAUUUCAACCGUUGGAUUAGAUGAGGAUGGUUAUCUUUUCAAAGACCUUUCCUUUGGUAUCUUUGCUGUCCAUGAUAUGUUAUUCCAGCGCAAAUCACUACGCGCCUUGUACGUCAGCUGGACGCUGCUAUACCGUCAACAGACCUUUCGGACAUUUUCAACAGACAAGGUGUGUUCCCUGCGCAAUGCACGAAUGAGUUAAUAAUAUUAUUACGCUUUUUAGUUUAAAUGUAAACAUUUAAAUAAAAUUUAACAAAAAAAAGAA